CCUUGUAAACUCGUACCAUUGUCAAUUGAGAGUUAGUAGAUAGCAGCUAAGCAUUCUCUUGAAUACUUCAGCUAUUGAGAGAUAGAGAGAGUAUCAAAGGUCUUUAGGCAAUUGUAGUUAAGGAGGAUUUUUAGUUUGUGUUUGAAAAAUGGCCCCUCACCAAACUUUGACUUUUGCUUUUGGGCUACUAGGCAACGUCAUUUCAUUUAUGGUCUUCCUAGCUCCACUGCCAACAUUUUUUCAAAUAUACAAGAAGAAAUCUACUGCAGGAUUUCAAUCACUUCCAUAUGUGGUAGCACUCUUCAGUUCAAUGCUGUGGAUCUAUUAUGCAUUGCUUAAGAUGGAUGCAAAGCUUCUCAUCACCAUAAACGCAGUUGGCUGCAUAAUCGAAACAAUCUACCUCAGCGUCUUCGUAUUUUAUGCAACCAAGAAUGCCAGGAUCCUGACUGUGAAGCUUCUCCUUCUGUUAAACGUUUUGGGGUUUGGCCUCAUGCUUCUACUUACUCUCUUCCUGGCAAAAGGCUCCCAGCGUUUACAAAUUAUUGGAUGGAUUUGUUUGGUAUUCAACCUAUGUGUAUUUGCUGCCCCACUUUGUAUCAUGAGACAAGUUAUAAGAACCCAGAGCGUGGAGUACAUGCCAUUUCCUUUAUCUUUCUUCCUGACCUUAGGUGCAGUGAUGUGGUUCUUUUAUGGCCUUCUUCUCAAGGACCAUUACAUUGCUCUUCCAAAUACUGUGGGAUUUAUCUUCGGCAUAGUUCAGAUGAGCCUCUACGUAUUUUACAAGAAUGCCAAAAAGAUGAAGGAGCCGAAGCUGCAACAAUUAUCCGAGCACAUCAUUGAUGUAGUUAAGCUAGGCACAAUUGGGUGUCCAGAACUGAAUCCUGUAGCUGCACUUAAAAAUGUUAAUGGAAAUGACCAUGCAAAUGGAGAUAUAAGUGAGAAGGAAAAAGCAGAAGAACCCAAUAAACGCAAGGAUGAUCAGUCAGCUGUUAACCCUUAGCCUUUUCAAGGGGACGUACUUGUGGUUUUAAUAUUAUUGUACUUUGCUAGCUAGCUAUCCAUGGUAUUGGUCUAAUUAAUGACUGUAUGUGUUUCUAAAGUUUAGUUUGCAUGUUGUAGUGUGUAGGGUUUUAGUCAUUUAAUUAGUGUUUUAUGAGGGAGAAAAUAUAAGAUAUUUCAGAUGUAUGUAUUCUUUCACUCAUAUAAGGAUAAGUCUCACAUUUAUGGAGCUCACCCUCAUGUGAGUAUAAGAAUACAAAUAUCCGAAACACCUAAUAUUACCUCUUUAAAAAAGUACUUGUAAGUCUUCAAGGAAGGCAAGGGUCUCUCUCUGUAAUUUUAUUUGUCUUUUUAUCAUGCUAAUGCAAUGCAAAAAAGCUAGCUAAUUUAUUGACCUUAA